AUGAAGAGUCUUCUGUGGAUUUUAUUGCUGCUAGGUGUUGCAAGUGCAUCACCUGGUGAUCUUCUAGAUAUUUUUGAUGAGUGUAAAGAUGCGUGUGAAUAUAUCAGAGUGUGUCGUAAUUCUGAUAUUGAUCUAUUGAACACUGGAAUUAACCGGUUCAAUAGUGUUCCUUUUGCCAAGACGCCAGUUUUGCUUAGACAUUUUCUGGCAUGGGAUUGUGUUUCUGAUUGCGAUUACCAAUGCCAACAAAUCGUAACGCACAUGAGAAUGGAAAAAGGUGAUCCUUUCUUGCAAUUCCAUGGUAAAUGGCCCUUUAAGAGAUUGUUUGGUGUCCAAGAGUUUUUUUCCGCAUUGUUUAGUAUUGGUAAUUUUAUACCCCAUUACAGAGGUUAUAAAAUGUUGCAAGCAUUGUUACACAAGGCUCAAAAAGGUGGUAAUGCGGGACAAUCGGUACUUUUACAAAAUUAUGUCUAUGUUAGCAUUGCAGGUAUGCUUGCGUGGACAGCGAGUACAACCUUCCACUUAAGAGACCGCCCACUGACUGAGAAAAUGGAUUACUUUUGGGCUGGUGGUACCGUCAUAUCGUCAUUCCACGCAAUUGCUACCCGAGUUUUUAGAUUGGACAAGAGACCUCAAUUGGCAAAAAUCUUUACAUGGAUUAUUGGAGCCAUUUUCUCUCUCCAUGUGCUAAGACUAGCAAUUGAAUGGUCCUAUACCUACAACAUGAGGUUUAACGUUGCAUUUGGUAUCCUACAGUACAUUAUGGUAUUUGCCCUUUCUUUCCAAAACUACCGUUCUUUACAAGAGAGGAAGAAAGCACAUAACAUGCCGGUAAAAUUAUAUACGAAGCGUAUUUAUGCGCUUUGUCUACAGCCCAUUCUACUGGUGGUCAUCACGUCGUUGGCAAUGUCCCUCGAAUUAUUUGAUUUCUUCAGCUACGCAUACCAAGUAGAUGCCCAUGCUAUCUGGCACUUGUCAACUAUCUGGCCAUCGUGGGCCCUUUAUGAUUUCCUACUUGCGGAUUUCAACUACAUUACAAGAGGUACACUGGACUAA